AUGCUUCACUACCAUGUCCUUGGCUGUUAUUUGACAGACAAAUAUGGCCGCCUCAACCUGUACAGCGGGGAGCCCAAUGACAGGACUGUAUCCGCCGUAGCCACCGACUAUACGAUUACUUUUCAUUGCCCACAACAUGGUCCAUUCACCAUUCCAACAUCUGAUCCUGACGAAGUUGGUCAUCUAGAAGGAAGCUCCCCAACGCGAAAUCUCCUUCGCAGCAUGAGCCACAUGCUAGACACCAGCACGCAUCAUCUGUUCCUCACGGGCUCGGAAUAUGCCGCGAUGUACCAGGGAGUUUUGCUCUACCGUCCGUUGGCAGAUUGGUCGAGAGCCACCGGGUUGGCAACAGGGAGAACGCCCCAUAUUCUCUGUGCACGACUUGUUGUUGAUUGGUGUGACAUGAAGCUUUUCAAGAGCUUGUAUGCCGAUGAGGAUGGGUACCAGGUAAUGGAGCUACUUGGGACUGAGGGACUAUACAACUUUGCCCAGUUGAGGAUGCAGUUUGACGAUGAUGGCACAGAGGGGCAGAGAACAUUGUGGGAAGAGGUACAAGGGUGGGUGGAAGAUCCCAGGAAGCUAUCAAGAAAACUCUCAGUCGAUUAUGGAAGGGCAGAUAUGGGCAUGACUGAGCAUGAACCUGACUUCAUUUGA